AUGAAGACCAGUUUUCUUGGUCUUGUGCUUAUUCCUGCCACUUUAGCGGUAGCCCCUAUCCCUAGCUACCAACACGCGAAACAAAACACGAGAUACGUUCCCAAUGCUUACAUAGUAGAACUUUCGGACGGUGCUAUCUCGAGACGCUCGUCGCCGCAUGCUACCGUUCUCGACACUAUUAGCAACAGCGGGAUACCUUUUCAAACGGUAUCGACCUAUAACACCCCAGAAAUAUUCGUUGGCGCGUCUAUCCGACUUCCUUCUCCUGCCGAUGCUGCUCGAUUGGCCAAAAUUCCUGGGGUGGUGGCCGUUCGUCCAGUCAUCAAGAUUGAAGGACCAAAACCUAUCGAUCUCUCUGUCGUCAAAGAGGCUCCCAUUGCGCAUCCCGAUACUUACGGUCCCCACGUUAUGACCGGCGUUGACAAAGUCCACGCGACGGGAAAUUUCGGUCAAGGUAUCAAAAUUGGAAUAAUCGAUACAGGCGUUGAUUAUAAGCAUCCACUUCUCGGAGGUGGCAUCGGGCCUGGCUUCAAGUUUGUCGGAGGUUAUGAUUUUGUUGGAGACGCAUAUGAAAGCGGACUGAGUCCGCCAAUGCCCGAUGAUGACCCUUUGGAUGAAUGCAACGGGCAUGGAAGCCACGUCGCUGGCAUCAUCGGCGCGAAUCCAGGCAAUGACUUCGGUUUCAGCGGUGUCGCAUUCAACGCAUCUUUAGCUGCAUACCGUGUCUUCGGCUGCAGUGGAACGACUGGUGAUGACAUAAUCCUUGCCGCACUUAUCAGGGCAUACAACGAGAAAAGAGACAUCAUCACCCUGUCCCUGGGUGAACCAUCUGGUUGGACGGAGAGCACUGCUUCGGUGGUGGCGAGUCGUAUCGCGGCUGAAGGACGUGUUGUCACCAUCGCAGCUGGGAAUGACGGAGAGUAUGGCCCAUGGUACACUUCCUCGCCUGGAGCGGGCAUCGGAGUCAUCAGUGUUGGCUCUGUUGACAAUGUUGUUUCGAUGUUCCAAAACCUAACGGUUCACGGCGCUGUUCACGAUCCCAUUACCUACCUCUUACCAUUUCCCUUGAACGCGACCAGUGAAUACCCCAUAUACGUGACUUCAACAGACAUUUCCAAGACCGACGACGCGUGUGAUUCGCUUCCUGACAACACACCAGACUUGUCACCAUUUGUCGUCGUCAUUCAUCGCGGCACUUGCACUUUUUCGCAAAAGCUGGCUAACAUCGCGGAUAAAGGCGGAAAGCUGGCACUCAUUUACAACUCGGAUGAUGGCGCUUUCUCAACCAUCGACGUGGGUACAUUUCCAGCAGCCUUGAUCUCUGCCGACGAUGGAAAAUUCCUUGUUCAACAAUUCCUCACCAACCCCAAUCUCACGCUCAGCUUCCCUCAGACUGGCGCGUCUGUCAGUAUAACCAAUCCGGUUGGCGGUCUCGUCAGUUAUUUCAGUACCAUCGGGCCAACCUUCGAUAUGUAUCUCAGCCCAGAGGUAGCGGCACCUGGUGGCAAUAUCUUAUCAACAUGGCCGUUGAAAUUAGGCGGGUUUGCUAUCGCCUCUGGAACGAGCAUGGCGACUCCCUUUGUUGCGGGUGCAGCCGCUCUUGUCUUACGUGAUUUGGGCAAGACAGCCAAGGUCGCUCUGGAAAUGCAACGAAUCCUUCAAACCACCUCUGUCAGCUUGGCAUCUUCUCAUACAGACGGUAGCCCAGUUCGUACUGUCGCGCAACAAGGUUCUGGUCUGAUUCAAGUUGACCGAGCUAUCAAUGGAGAGACGAUUGUGUCGCCCAGUCAAAUCGCGCUAAACGACACAGCGCAUUUCAAGGCUACACAUACUAUAUCGAUUACCAACUCAGGCUCCGCGAAGAAAGUGUACGAGUUGCGACACAUUUCAGCCGAAACACUUGACACCAUUGAUGAGUCUGGCUCGGUCGACCCUUUCCCUCCAUUCGUUCCUGGAGCUGCAACGGUCUCUUUGUCGGCAACGAAGCUGACAAUUGGUCCCGGAAGCACCAAACACGUCGUCGCAACAUUUAAGCCACCUUCCAUGGCCAACGCAACACUUCCGUUGUAUUCGGGUUAUAUCCAGGUCUCAUCGGCCAUCGAAAACUUUCAAAUCCCGUACCUAGGAGUCGUUGGGUCGCUCAAGGUUGGCGCGAUUCUUGAUCGAAGCGCCAACUUUUUUGGGCUGCCACUUCCGGUUGUGUUGGACUCGUAUGGCGAUCCCCAAGAAGGGCCACAGAACUACACGUUUUUGGAUUACGACGCUCCAUUCCUUUUGCUGAGACUGUUGUUUGGAACAGCUCAGUUCCAAAUUGAUUUAGUGGACAAAAAUUUCGAGGUUCCGUCCAAGGGUAAGGCGAAGACUAUCGGAUCGUUGGUCGAACUGGAUUAUAUUCCUCGUGAUAGUGACGAUCCCUUCUCGGGUUACACUGCGCUGUCCUUCUCAGGGAAUUUUGCGAAUGGAACGCGGAUCGAUGACGGCCAAUAUCGUGCCCUAUUGAGAGUGCUGAAGGUGGCUGGCGAUAGGAAAAAAGAGGAGGAAUACGAGGCAUGGUUGAGCCCACAGUUUGGUGUGGUUACGCCAUCGUAG